ACAUAAGUGUAUAAUCUAUGAUUGGUAUCCUACGACUUACCUUACGAGUAACUACUAACUAGUUGUUGACAUCUAGUGGAGGUGGAGAUAUUAGCAUUUACUAAACCGCAAAUGCGAUGUACAAAUAACUAGUUGUUAGUGAUUUUGUACUCGAAUUGAUUGUUUAUUGGUGUUGAUAAUUGUUAGUAGAAAAGUGUUUUUUGAAAAGUUUUGUUCAUAAGAAAAAAACAAAGGAUAUGGAAGGACCUAUUGAAGUUAACGAAAUUUCUGAUUUCGUUUCGUACAUUAAAAGUAUUGAAUGGGGUGACCCUUGGUUAAUGGCCCUCUUAUCAUUUCAUGUUCUGGUUACAUUUACCUGCUUUUCAACUAGAAACUAUGGAAAUUUUCAAAUUGUCCUAUUCAUAACACUCUUACUUUUAGUAUACUUCUCUGAAAAUAUCAAUGAGGUGGCCGCAAGAAAUUGGACAUUAUUUUCAAGACAACAAUAUUUUGACAGCAAAGGACUGUUCAUAUCAGUGGUAUUCUGUAUACCAAUACUAUUGAACUGCAUGAUAAUGGUGGGUUCCUGGUUGUACCAGUCUACGCAGAUCAUGGCAAACUUGAAGAAGGCACAACUACGUCAGAGGCUCAAAGAACUCAACAUGAACAGGGAAGCGAUGCAACACGCCAAGUCCGAUUAGUGUAGGUAAUCGAGUCAAUUUUAGUUUAAAGAUGUAAUUAUUUUUGCUAGAACGUUCGUGGUUUACAACGUUGCGUAGGAGUUUGAAAUUUGCUAGUGAUAGAAGUAAAAUUGUUGGCUGUUUUUUUUUUGUAUAGAAUUUUAAUUAUUCGUAAUUAUGUUGCGCUUUGCGAUACUUGCCGUACGCUGGAGUAUGUUGUUGCACAAGUUGAUAUAGCACUGCGUAAACAGCAAUAAUUUUUGCAUAUUUGUUAUUGGUGAUUUUAGUAUUGUUCAGCAAGGUUGAUCAUUUGCCAUAUAAUAAAUAGUCCUAAGAGAUACAGGGAUUGCCACUAUACAUGAUUCUAAAUUAGUUUUUGAGAAAUGUUAGCACAUAGUAAAUUUAAGACUACAUUUAUAGCGCGCUUAAAAGUUGAAUAUAUGAUCGUAGAUCAUAUAUAUUUUCAUUUCAAUUUCGAUCGUGCUUCAUUAUUUCCAACUAGCUUCCCGCCCGCGGCUUCGCCCGCCUCCGUAUUGUUCUAACCUUUUACCAUUUUAACUUCCCUGGACUAUUCAGAAUGUACCAAAACCAUGAUUAUAAAAUUCAGACCAGCCAUUGUCGAGUUUAAGCGGGACUAACGAACAGCAAUUGAUUUUUAUAUAUAAGAUGAACCAUUGAAUAUGAUACAAUACUGGUUUAUCGGGUAUAUCUUGGUUAGUUCUUCGUAGGACAACUAGAAAUUGUUACUUUACACUAAGAACGAAUAAUGAAUAUACAUCGCAUAUUGAUUUUUCCUUUAUUUCGAUAAUCUGUACUCGUGUCGCUUAUAAGUGCAUAUAAUAAUUGUUUUGGCUCGGGACUAAAUGGCGUAAAAUACAGUCAUUGUGCAAUAAUUGCCUUGUCAUUUUUAUACUUAUUUUUAAUGGUAACAAUUUAAUUUUUUUAACGAGGCGCUUUUUUACUUGGUUUGAACAACUGAAAUUUUAUUUAACUAACUAGCAACUAUAUGCACUCGUGUUUAUUAAUGCUUUUAGGUUUUAUCAAACUGACUGUAUGAUAAAUUUUCUUCAAACCGCUACAAGUUAUUAUUCUUGUAUUAAUAAUGUACGCUUCUUUGACCCUGACCUUGACUUCGAUGUUUUGCUCGCGUGUGUUCAGGUAUUACAAAACUCUUUAAUCGUAUAUACAUUUAUUGUUGAUAAGUUCGUGUCACUAUUGUAAAUUAUCCGUCGAAUAAAAGAAUAUCUGGAUAAUAAUUAGUAAUUACCUAACGGAUCACAUAAAUUUGUUAGCAAUUGUGAAAUUAUCGAUAUUCCUAACACGGCAAAGUAUCACGGCAAUUUUGAAUGUGUUCAAUGAAACAACUUUUAUUGAUAAUAUGUACUUAAUGCUAAGAGCUUAACUAUUAAUACUUAUGUAUCAUUACUUUUAAUUUGUAUUUUAUACAGCAGAUACAUUUCUCCGCUAUACUGAUAACAUAUAUAAAUACGCUACGGAUUGCGAACCUACGUAAUUAUUGGGAACAUAAUCAAAAUAUAUUUCGUCACAGUUAUUUAUUGAAUGAUGAAUUAUGGUGAUACAUAAAUUUUUGUGAAGCACACAUUCACAUAUGAAUAUUAUAAGUAAUAUUUUUUUCCAUCAUUCAACCAGUUUCCAUAUCAAGUUUAUUUUUAAUAUUUCCAUUAAGAAUUACGUUGUUUGAAGAGGUAUUGGUAGGUUACCUAAACGUGCCAUUAAUGGACAGUGUAACGUAAAAAAUUAUGUUUUAUAAUUUUUUAAAUAUAUAAUUUACUUUAAAUGUAAAGAAUUAUUUAUGAUAAAGACGCAUAGACUAGUGUGGCAUCCUAUAAUAAUAAUAAAAAAAAUAGAUGACUUAAAUAUCUCUUGACUCAGGGCUUUUAGGAAAUAUAAAAAAAAGUCUAGUGAUGGACAUGGUAUAAACCAGGGAUGGACACCCGGAAUGAACAUAAGACAAUACAGAACAGAUGAAUACUGGCUGUAAUGGCUGUAUUUUAAUUCAAAUCACUUUUUCUUAUAAAAAGACAAAACCUACAAGUAAAAUUAUUACAACGAAAUAUUAACAAUCAGUCCCAAUCAGUCUUUAUUAGGUUUUCUUAAAUUGUCUGAGAUUAAACGUUCCUACAAAAAAUUUUGCUCAGCUAAUAAAAUCACUGUUCACCCUUCACACCUUCUAAGCUAGCCCCUUCUCUUUCCUUCCUUUAUCUAAUGGGCCAAUUUCCCUGCACUUUUUCGUUUAUACGCUAUUUUAUAGUUAUAUUACGAAAUAUAUAGCGUAUAAACAUAUAAAUAUAACUAACUAUAUUUAUAUAUUUCGUUUAGGCGCUAUGUACAUGUUUGUUGUCUUUCUUUACCAAGGUAUGGCCAGGAUUGGGUUUAAAAAAAUUCGCUCUCAUCUGCAAUAAAUAUUAUUUCUAGGAACCUUUACGGUUUCAAGGUGGUUUCUUUUAAUAUAUUAGGGAACCUCAUGAAACCAUGUUGUGACCUGCUCUUGUGUUACAGCUUUACAAAUCUUGAUCGAGUUAGUUGAUGUUUUGUCUAUGUGAUCUCACAGUGUUCCGCUUCAGAAAAGCCUAACACCACGUGCGACCUGGUCAUCUGGUCGCUUAUGGUCGCCCAAAUGAGUUUUCCUUUUAUCAGCAACAAUAAUUAGCUGUACACUGUCGAGAAGUUUCUCGUCUGUUAUUCAAGUAUUUAUAUUUAAUUCUAUUUGCAACAAAUAACACUAUUUUAAUUUGAAUUUGAUUCUAGAACUUAGAAUACCUAUUUUUUCUAUGUUUGGGACAUUUUAUAUAAUGCUUGAGAAUCUAAUUUAUGUGUGAGGGAUAAACUUGUCAUCACAACAAUGUGCUUUGUGCAUUCAGUUUAUAUGUAUUUUUUUACAUUUUAAAUGGAUUUGGGUAUAUUUUUUUAAAUAACCUAAAAAUUCCAUAUUUGUCACCGCCGCUUCUAAAUAUAUAUUUUAUCAAAAUUCGACACGUGAAUAGAAUUUGUGAAUAUCGGUUUUUUUUGCUUUUUAUUUCUUUUGCUUUCAUCCGUCAAGUACUAAUUUAAAAAAAACUAUAUGUUUAUAAGUAUAAUUUACGUAAUUUAAGAGUAUGUCUUACUUUUUAUUAUAAUCUUGUUUAUCUUUUACAAAUUAUUACCUAAAUCGGUCAAAGUUUAUAUCAAAUCAUGAAACAAUUCAUAGCUAUAACGAUACAAAAAAAAAAUUGUUGAAACUGUAAAAUUUGUUUGUGCCUAUGCAACUGGUUAAGUCCUGCUUAGUUAAGUCCCUGCCCUGAUAUUAUAAAAUAAAAGAUGCUCGAUUGUUCGGGGCGCUCCACCUGCGUUUUGUUUUAUAAUGUAAGGCCCCGCUCACAAUUUUUUAUAAAAAUUUGAAAUAAAAUCAUGCAUUAUUUCCGUUUUCCUUGUUUUUUCCCAUUAUAUGGUGUAUAUUGAAGAGUUGCACAUUGAAACACACUGUCCUAGGUAUAUCGAUUGUCCUAAGUUUACCAUUUAAAUAUUACAUUUCAAAUGAUUGCCGUUUUUUUAAUGAGACAUAACUUCACUCAUUGAUUUCAUUUUGUUUUUUUUUUAAGAAAUGUUCCAUUUUAUAAAUCGAUGACAAUCAGCCACAAUAUUUCUUGCACAGUAAAGUAUAUUAUGCAAAUAUCUAAUAAAUUGGCAAAAAUCCUGAUUAACUCUGUGUAAAUAUUAAGCUACGCCUAAAUAUUACAGAAUUUGUCCAUUAUAUAUAUAAGCUGAAACCUUUGCCGAUCACUGAAAAUAUAUGGAAGACUGAAUGUGUAUGUGAUUCGUAAUUCACUUUUCAUUAUAGUAAAGCUAGAUAGUAGUUAAGCGUUUAGGCUAAGUUUUAAUGCUUUUUUUUAUUUUAUAGUGCAAUGUGCUGUAGAGUUACAGUUAAAAUUAACAGUCAAAUUAUACAUACAUAUGUUAUGUUUAGGCACUAUGCUGAACGGGACGUUUAAUUAAUACGUACUUGACGUGGUAUUAAUAUGUGUUUCACACAAUUUUUUAAAAAAUCUUAUCAUAUUUUUUUAUCUAAGUCAAAAUCGGAAUAAAAUAACGUUAUAGUUUUGUUUUAUAAAAACUUAUUUACCCAGUUGAAAUGUUUGUAAGGCGACAAAAAAUUAGUUCAUAGUGUGGCAAAUCUACAUCACUUAAUGUUACUCUUGAAAAUACCUAAAAUAGUGUUCUAGGUACAUUUUUAAUAAAUCAUAAGCUUGCUACAAUGUGAUACUUGUAUGCACACAGUUUAUGAUAGUAAAUGUUCAUAAUCAUAAUACUUCGAUCAAACGUAUAAUUUCGUGCUACGCAUGUUUUUUUUUUUGUUAAAAUUAUUUUAUUUUUUCCGUUGAUUCUAUUAUGUAAGAUAGAAAAACUUAACUACUUCACAUAUGUAUCAUAAACCAUAAGAAUUAUAUUUGUUCACACAGCUCACACAGGCCUUCUGUAGUGGCUUAGGCCAUAAUUCACAAUGCUGGCCAAGUGUGUUGUUGUUGAUUAUAAUUUUGACGUUAUCUUUCACUAACGUGUGUCUGUAUGUAUAUUAUUAUGUAAAAGUUCGAACCUCCUCUUAUGAAGUCAGAAAUUUGGUACAUGACACUUUAUGGAAAGCAGUUUAUAACAGAGAGAAGCUAAUAAGUCAUUUUUAAUGUAAUGCAAU